GUGGCUCAGCGCUGUAGAGAUCCACGCGCUGCGACGGGCAGGAAAGCCGGGCAGAGCAGGGCCGGGGGCAGUGGGGGCGGUGUUUGGGCAGGCCGAGAUGGCAAUGAUGAGACUCUCUGCAGGCUCUCGGGCACCCUGAUGUGGACAAUCUCCCAGAAUCCUUGAGUCCAUUCCCCGCCCCGUGCGGUUAUUCACCGUCGCGUAUACACAGGUUGAGGGCAACAAACUCCGACACCAUGCACUCUAGUCCUAACGGGGGAAGCGUCGUGUGGGGGGGGGGGGGGUAGGAGAUAGAAAGCAGGCCAGUGCUAGUAAAAGGCAGGGAAUAAGGAAGACGGUGUGACACCCCACGCCCACCCACCCACGUAUCCUCCUAAUGUGUUCUGUCUGUCUGGAACAGAUCUUGGCCCUUUCCAAGCGCUCCUGAUGCCUCAUAUGCCUCUGGGUUCUUUUCGAUCACCACUCUGGGGGCUGAGGCCGUCACAGGUCUUCCCCAGGUCGUAUCCCCUCUCUACCCAGUCAAAGCCCCAUGGAUCCUCCCUCUCCCGGAGAAACCAUGAAGCCAAGAAGAAGCGCCAGCGAGAAAAGCAGGUGGCGCUGGAGGCUGGGGUAGCCCGGAAGAGCAAGUCACCUGCAGAAUCCAGUAAGUCCUGGACUCCUAAGGAGGUGGUGGUGUAUGAAAUUCCCACAGAACGCGGUGAAAAGAAAGAUGUCUCCCGGGUCCUGCCUCCUGCAUACAGCCCUCGAUAUGUUGAGGCUGCCUGGUACUCUUGGUGGGUGCGAGAGGGCUUCUUCAAACCAGAAUAUCAGACCAAGCUGCCCCAGGCCACAGGAGAGACGUUUUCCAUGUGUAUCCCACCUCCCAAUGUCACUGGCUCCCUACAUAUUGGACACGCACUGACAGUGGCCAUACAGGAUGCCCUGGUGCGCUGGCACCGGAUGUGUGGGGAUCAGGUGCUGUGGGUCCCAGGCUCAGAUCAUGCGGGAAUUGCUACACAAGCUGUGGUGGAGAAGCAACUUUGGAAGGAGCAAGGAGUGAGGAGACAUGAGCUGAGCCGGGAAGACUUCCUUAGGGAGGUGUGGAAGUGGAAGGAGGAGAAAGGUGGAGAGAUCUGUGAGCAGCUCCAAGCUCUGGGGGCCUCCUUGGACUGGGACCGAGAGUGUUUCACUAUGGAUGCUGGCUCCUCAGUGGCCGUGACUGAAGCUUUUGUGCGACUCUAUGAGGCAGGGUUGUUGUAUCGGAACCAGCAGCUUGUCAACUGGUCCUGUGCUUUAAGAUCAGCCAUCUCGGAUAUCGAGGUGGAGAGCCGGCCCCUGCCUGGCCGCACAGAACUUCGUCUGCCUGGCUGCCCCAUCCCUGUGUCUUUUGGCCUCCUUGUUUCUGUGGCCUUCCCUGUGGAUGGAGAACCUGACACAGAGAUCAUAGUAGGAACCACAAGGCCAGAGACAUUGCCUGGAGAUGUGGCUGUGGCUGUUCAUCCUGAUGACUCCCGAUACACACAUCUGCAUGGGCGACAGCUUCGUCACCCCUUGACUGGGCAGCUUCUCCCCCUCGUCACAGACUCUGCUGUUCAGCCACACAUGGGCACAGGGGCGGUGAAGGUGACUCCAGCACAUAGUCUUGCUGAUGCUGAGCUGGGAGCCCGACAUGGCUUGAGCCCUCUGAGUGUCAUUGCAGAGGAUGGAACCAUGACUUCCCUCUGUGGGGAUUGGCUACAGGGUCUUCAUCGAUUUGUGGCCCGGGAAAAGAUUAUGUCUGCACUGAGGGAGCGGGGCGUGUUCCGGGGCCUUCAGAACCACCCUAUGGUGCUUCCUAUUUGCAGCCGUUCUGGGGACGUGGUAGAAUACCUACUGAAGAGCCAGUGGUUUGUCCGCUGCCGGGAGAUGGGGGAUCGAGCUGCCCAGGCUGUGGAGUCAGGAGCUCUGGAGCUCAGUCCCUCCUUCCACCAGAAAAACUGGCAGCACUGGUUUUCCCACAUUGGAGACUGGUGUAUCUCCCGGCAGCUGUGGUGGGGCCAUCAGAUUCCCGCCUACCUGGUUGUAGAAGAGCAAAUGAAGGGUGACAGGGAGGACUGUUGGGUGGUUGGGAGGACAGAGGCCGAGGCCAGAAAAAUAGCUUCAGAGCUGACAGGGAGACCAGCGGCAGAGCUGACCCUGCAGAGGGACCCUGAUGUCCUGGACACAUGGUUCUCUUCAGCUCUUUUCCCCUUUGCUGCCCUGGGCUGGCCCCAAGAGGUGCUUCUUCAUUCCAUGGUUCGGGACAGGCAGGGCCGGAAAAUGAGCAAGUCCCUAGGGAAUGUGUUGGACCCACGAGACAUCAUCAGUGGGGUGGAGCUGCAGGUGCUGCAGGAAAAGCUGAGGGAUGGGAACUUGGACUCUACAGAGCUGGCGAUCGCGGCUGCAGCACAGAGAAAGGACUUCCCUCAUGGGAUCCCUGAGUGUGGGACAGAUGCCCUAAGAUUCACCUUGUGCUCCCAUGGGGCCUUAGGGGGCGACUUGCACCUGUCUGUCUCCGAAGUCCUGAGUUCCCGGCAUUUCUGCAACAAAAUCUGGAAUGCCCUGCGCUUUAUCCUCAAUGCCUUAGGGGAGAAAUUUGUGCCCCAGCCUGCAGAAGAGCUUUCCCCUUCAUCGCCCAUGGAUGCGUGGAUCCUGAGCCGUCUUGCCCAUACUGCCCGGGAGUGUGGGCGAGGCUUCCUUGCCCAAGAGCUCUCACUUGUCACCCAUGCCCUGCACCACUUCUGGCUCCAUAACCUCUGUGAUGUCUACUUGGAGGCUGUGAAGCCGGUGCUGUUGCACUCGCCCCGUCCCCAAGGCCCCCCUCAGGUCCUGUUCUCCUGUGCUGACAUCGGUCUCCGCCUCCUCGCCCCACUGAUGCCCUUCCUGGCUGAAGAGCUCUGGCAGAGGCUGCCCCCCAGGCCUGGAGGCUCCUCUGCCCCUAGCAUCUCUGUUGCCCCCUACCCCACUGCCUGCAGCUUGGAACACUGGCACCAGCCUGAGCUGGAACAGCGCUUCUCCCGGGUCCAAGAGGCCGUGCAGGCACUGAGGGCUCUCCGAGCCAUGUACCAGCUCACAAAGGCCCGGCCCCGAGUGCUGUUGCAGAGCUCAGAGCCUGAAGAGCAAGGCCUCUUCGAGGCCUUUCUGGAACCUCUAGGCACCCUGGGCCACUGUGGGGCUGUGGGCUUCUUACCCCCAGGUGUACUGGCUCCCUCUGGCUGGGCCCAGGCUCCACUCAAUGAUACCAUUCAGGUGUACAUGGAGCUGCAGGGGCUUGUGGACCCCCAGACCCAUCUAUCUCUGCUAGCUGCCCGAAGACACAAGUUGCAAAAGCAGCUUGAUGGCCUCAUGGCCUGGACCCCAUCAGAGCGGGAGACGGAGACUAAAAGGCAGCAGAGGCUUUCUUCCCUCGAGUUGGAAUUGUCGAAGCUGGACAAGGCGGCCUCUCACCUCCGGCAGCUGAUGGAUGCAUGUCCUAACCCCAGAGAGCUCUGAGCUCCAGCUCACUAUAUGGUGGUUUUCUUCUCUUCCUGAUCUGCCUUUGAGGACAGACAGAAUCUAGCAGCUGUCAAGCAUGAUGGAGAUUCUGAGACCUUGUGGCUCACUUCCCAUAUUUCGUAAAUAAGGAAACCGAUUGGUUUGGUCAGUGUCACUGGGUGUCCUCAAGAUGCUCACAUUCCUGCCCAGCCUCCCUCUUAUGCAGUCCUACCUGGAAGUUUAGGAAUGAGAUAAACUUGGUCUUUUUAUUCCUCUUU